GCUGCUGCUGCUGCUGCUGCUGCUUGGGUGGGGCAAGCUCCAGGAGGGCCUGGACGGUCACCGCGACCUGGCUCAACCCUUUCUCUUCUAAAAUGUGCAGAGGCAAACAUAAUUGCUCCUGAAAGGGGACAACGUAACACAAAACAAACAGAAAAGAGGUGAACAUUACAGAGCCGAAAGGAACUUUCACCCCCACCCCGGAACAACCAAGUGAGAUCCGCAAAGUUCCCGGGAAACCCACCCGCUAAAGGAGGCAGACACAGACGCUGACGGUGUCUCACACUUAGGGGUACUUUAUUAACAGUUGAAGGUCCAUACAGAACGUCUGGAAAAGCGGAAGACUGACAGGUGACACACAGUCACACAGCAGGAGGAACAGCCCAAAGAUCAGGGCAGACUUACAGAGCAGGAAACGUGGAAAACAGGCCAAGUUACACCAAGCUACGGCUCAAGGGAGAACAGCACUCACAGAGGACCCUCUGGGACACACCAUGGUUCCCUGAUGACCUUAACUGCAGGAAAGGGAGGGGCCAGGACCUGUGCCACAGCUCCAUUCUGUAAGCCACGGCCCUCAGAGUUACAUGGGUUUAAGAAACAUUUCUCUACUUUGGGUAAUUUGUGGAAGGGUAAACCUAAAUUAGUUGAAAAUCAGAUUCUAAAAAUUGUAUUUUAGCUGGGUGUGUUUGAUCCUAGGACUUAGGAGGCAGAGCCAGGCAGGUCUCUUCGAGUUCAAGGUCAGCCUGGGCUACAAAGUGAGAUCUUGUCUUAAAAACUGUACUUGAAAGGUGAGUGGUGGCACAUGCCUUUAAUCCAAGCACUUGGGAGGCAGAGGCAGGUGGAUCUCUGUGCGUUCAAGGCCAUCCUGGUCUACAAAGCAAGCCUGAGGCCAGCCAAGGGUACACAGAGAAACUGUCUUGAAAAACAAAACAAAACAAAACAAAACAAAAUUAUAUUUGAAAAAGUAAAGUAUUUCAUAUAGUAAAAUUCAGCGCAUUAAGUCAUGCUGGAGAACUAUUAUGUAAACUUACUCACAUCUUAGUAACUGAUCCAUAAAAGUGAUUGUUCCUUUGGGUAGGAAGUUGGAUAUAUCCAUCUUGCUACUCUUGUAAGAAAAAGGCAAAUCUUAGCAUGACACUUACUAGUUUUUCUUCUCACCAAAAUUAUUUAUUUAUUUAUUUACUUACUUACUUAUUUACCUAUUUAUUUAUUUAGAGACAGGUCUCUCUCUGUAACUCUGGCUGUCCUGGAGCACGCUCUGUAGAUCAGGCUGUCCUCAAACUCAGAGAUCCUUUUGUCUCAGCCUCCCAAAUGCUUGGAUUAAAGGUGUGUGCCACCAUGCCUGGGUAAAACUCACUUUUUUGCUUUUAGUUGAGAAAGGGUCUUGCUGUAUAGCUCAGGUUGGCCUUACACUCCAGUUUGAGGGUUACAGGAGUGCUCUACUACAUGCUGUAUCACUUGAAUUACAAAAUGGAUUGUAAUAAAAAUACAGCAAGAGCUGGUUGGUGGUGGUACACACCUUUAAAGAGGCAGGUAGAUCUCUUCUCUGAGUUCGAGGCCAGCCUGGUCUACAGAGCAAGUUCCAGGGCAGUCAGGGAUACACAGAGAAACCAGAAACCCUGUCUCAGAAAAAAAAAAUCUAAAACAGAAAACCAAACAAGAAAAUACAGUAAGGCUUUCCAACUUGGGCCGGGCAGAAUGGCCCCCACAAAGAAGGGUGGCGAGAAGAAGAAGGGCCGUUCUGCCAUCAGCGAGGUGGUGACCCGAGAACACACCAUCAACAUCCACAAGCGCAUCUGUGGAGUGCGCUUCAAGAAGCGUGCCCCUAGGGCACUCAAAGAAAUCCGGAAAUUUGCCAUGAAGGAGAUGGGUACUCCAGAUGUGCGCAUUGAUACUAGGCUCAAUAACGCUGUCUGGGCCAAAGGAAUAAGGAAUGUUCCAUACCGUAUCCGUGUACAUUUGUCCAGAAAACGUAAUGAGGAUGAGGACUCACCAAACAAGCUCUACACAUUGGUAACUUACAUACCUGUUACCACAUUCAAAAAUCUACAGUCAGUCAAUGUGGAUGAGAACUAAGCUGCAGAGUGUCAAAUAAAGUUGGAGAACUACCUUCAAAAAAAGAAAAUACAGCAAGUAUUUGUUUUUGAGGCAAUUACUUGAGUGUAAGUACUUUCUUUUUUAUUUAAUGCUGAUUUGCUAAUAAAACUAAACGUUCUGAAUUAAUACUUUGAAUAACUCUGCAACUACAGAGAAGCUGUAUUUAAAAUGAAUCUGCACCGGCCAAUGGUGGUGCACGCCUUUAAGUCCAGUACUGGGGAGACAAAGGCAGGCGGAUCUCUGAGUUUGAGGCCAGUCUGGUCUACAGAGCGAGCUCCAGGACAGCCAGGGCUACACAGAGAAACCCUGUCUUGAAAAACCAAAAAACCAAACCAAACCAAACCAAACCAAAAACCCAACCAACAACAAAAAGAUGAAAUCUGUGUGUACUUUGCUCUGGGUGGGAAACUUCCUCCAGGGCCAAAUCCCUGCUGUCUGCUCAGCGGUACCCAGGCCCAAGCCAAGGGCAAGUGGUUAGUUAGGUGCACAGUGGUCUAGACACCACUCAGAGGCGGCACUUCCACAUGCACAUCAACUCUGUGGAUGUUUCCUAGGAACCUACCCUUGCUGGUCUAGACCACACAUCAGCCUCUGUGGUGGUUUUGUUUGUUGGUUUUUAUUUUAAAGACAAGGUUUUGCUAUGUAGCCUAUCCUGUUUCAGCUUCCUAAGUGCUGGGAUUACAGGUGUGUAUCACCACACCUGGCUUUAAGCCUGACCGUGUGUGUGUGUGUGUGUGUGUGUGUGUGUGUGUGUGUGUGUGUGUGUGUGUAC